AUGAAACUCUUCGGUGGUCAAGGCAUCAGAGAUGCAUCUUGCUACACGGUGCUAUUCCUCGUGGCGCUGCUAAGCAUGGUCAAUGUUAGCGAAGCCGAUAACCCCGCCAUACAAACAAUCUACACCGCGGACCCAGCACCGUUUGUAUAUAAUGGUCGCAUGUACCUGUUCGCUGACCAUGACGAAGAUGGAUCUAAAACCUUCGUCAUGAAGGACUGGAGGCUCUUUUCCACUACUGAUAUGGCGAACUGGCAAGACCACGGUGUUGUUGCGAGUCUCUCCACAUUUAAGUGGGCUACGGGGAGAGCUUGGGCUGGUCAGGUUAUCAACCGGAACAACAAGUUCUACUACUAUUUGCCGAUGCAAAAGAGUAGUGGGGCUAUGGCCAUUGGCGUGGGUGUCGCCGAUAAUGUUACGGGACCUUACAAGGAUGCUCUUGGGAAGCCUCUCGUUGAUAAUAACAAUAUCGACCCAACGGUAUGGAUUAAUGACGAUGGUCAAGCUUAUUUGUAUUAUGCCAAUACCGGCUUCGGAUACGUCAAACUAAACGAAGACAUGAUCUCUAUUAGCGGUGGUCCAACUUCAAUGGCCAGACCAACUGCACUAACGGAAGGACCAUGGGUAGAUAAACGCAAUGGCGUAUAUUACCUCAUCUACGCCGGCAACGGUCCCACGGAAGACAUCCGCUACGCAACCAGCAGUGGCCCCGUUGGUCCCUGGACUUACAAAGGUGUCAUCAUGACAGCCCAAGGCAGUAGCUUCACGAACCACCCCGGAAUUGCCGAUUACAAAAAUAACUCCUAUUUUUUCUAUCAUGAUGGAGCUUUGCCUGGCGGUGGCGGCUACACGCGAUCUAUCUGCGUUGAAAAGUUUAAUUAUAAUGCAGAUGGCACCAUUCCGCAAAUCAAGUGGACCACAACGGGUCCUCCUCAGAUCGAGGACUUAAAUCCUUACGUGCGGCAGGAAGCAGAAACUAUUGCUUUCUCUUCUGGUCUGAAGACCGAGAUGAGCAGCGCGGGCGGGAUACAUGUGACGUCUAUUAACAAUGGGGAUUAUAUUAAGGUCAAUGGGGUUGGUUUUGGAAACGGAACUGGUGCUGCAAAUUUCACGGCAAGUGUAGCUUCCGCAGGAAAUGGUGGAAAGAUCGAGCUUCAUCUGGGAAGCAAGACUGGAACACUUAUUGGGACAUGUACUGUUCCUGGUACUGGAGGUGCGCAGACAUGGAGCUCGGUGAAUUGCCCGGUCUCUAAUACGACUGGAACGCAUGAUUUAGUCUUUCUUUUUACUGGUAGUGGUAGUGGUUUAUUGUUUAACUUUGACUGGUGGCAGUUUACCAGAACCAGUUAG